GUACCUGUCCUAAUUCUCUGGUCAUGUCCAAAAAUGGUUCCUUCAUCCAUCAUUGGUUCUCACUAAAACGUAUUCAGAAACUCUAGAAAUUCAACUAAUUUUAGCAGUAGUUUUCAUAGCAACUUAUUACAAACACAAACAGCAUGCCGUUAAUUACUAUUUUCCCCUUCACUUCUUGUUUCUUUCACCUUUUCCUCCGCGUUCCUAGCGCACCAAACACAGACAGUUCAACUUGUCUGUUUCUCGCUGUCCGAUCCGUAAAGGGUUAAUAUUGUAAUUUGCAAUCUGACUGCAAAUUACAGUGACCGGCUCUGCUGCUGGGUCAUGACGCUCCCCAGAGUUUUCUUCUUCUUCAUCGUCCUUGUCGUAUCUGUUUCUUUCAUUUGCAGGUGUGAUGGAGUUACAGAGAAGGAGAAGACAUUAGCUAUAAUAAAGCCUGAUGGGUUGAGUGGUAACUAUAGUGAUAAGAUAAAGAAUGCUGUUUUGGACUCUGGGUUUACAAUUCUGAAGGAAAUGAUCAUUCAGCUUGAUGAGGAUGCUGCAAUGGGAUUCUAUGCCGAGCAUUCUUCAAGGAGCUUCUUCUCUAGCCUAGUCAAGUACAUGACAAGUGGACCAGUAUUGGUUAUGGUUUUGGUGAAGGAAAAUGCUGUUGCUGAUUGGCGUGCUUUAAUUGGCCCAACUGAUGCAAAUGCAGCAAAGAUCACUCAUCCUCACAGCAUCAGGGCAAUGUGUGGGGUGACUUUAGAGAAGAAUUGUGUUCACGGGUCAGAUUCUCUGCAAUCAGCUCAACGAGAGAUUGCAUUCUUCUUUGAGGAGAAGUCUUCAGGUAGAGUAGUUACUGAACAUGACGAAUUGUAGCUGGUGAAAACUCAAAGCAGAGCUCUGAACUUUUGAUCUCGUUGAGAAGCCUCUUCAACAUCUCCACUCCGUCUCUUUAGAGGAAAAGCUGUUGUAUCAAUUCCUUGAUUAUAGUUGGGGCCUCUGUUGUGAAAUACCAGCCAUCUACUUCUAAAUAUAUAUUUUUGGUUUUAAAUGGUCAAGUCUCAAGUUCUAUACUGUAAAAAAACAAUUGAAUCUCAAUUCUUAUGUAAUUUAAACCAUGCUUCGUUCUC